CAAACUAACCUGCGCGUGUCGCGACGACGGUAUUACCGUGUCUUUUAUAUACUGCAACCAUUCAAUACAACAGGUGAAUGGUAAUUAACGAUAAUAAGGUGUUUAUAAACAAAGUUUCAUAAUAAAUCUGUUAAAAGAUACAAAAUUAUCUAAAAGAUGAAAAAUCAUCUAAGCUAAUGAAAAUCAUCUUAAAGUGUAAAAUAAAGUUAUUUUUCAAUCAAAAUAUCGAUUUUAAUAUAGUUUGUCUAAUUUUAUCAAAAGAUACAAUAUCUUUAAGAAGCUAGAAGAGUAUCUUAAGCCCAAGAGAAUAAAAAAUAAUAAUAGAAAUAAUAUCUUUUCAAUAGAAAAGUAUCUAAAAUAAACAAAACAGUGUGUCAUGAGAUAGAAAAAAAAUAUCAAAGUGAUACAAAAGAAGUUAAGAUAAAUGUUAACAAGUAUCUUUACGUAAAUCUCGUUCCAGCAUCGCAUUACAGCAACAACAAUAAUAAUUGUUCUUCAACUUAUCCAAGUGUCUGACCUCGAUUAUACAUUGAUUGAGUGUAAAAGUAGAAAUAAGCACGUCGAUCGAGGUCAACAAUGUUUUCCGUGAUCGGUGUCCACUUCAUCAACUUCGUCGUCGUCGUCGAUUUAUCGUAACUCGUAGUCGUCGUAUUCGCCACGUCCGUUGUCGUCGUCGUAGUUCGUAUUCUGAAACGUGUGUGUUUUGAAAAACCCUCUGGAUCAACUUCUGGGGAAGUGUGGUUGUUGGUUUUUCUUUAUUAAGAAAAGGGAUCACAUUCCCAUCGGUCCCUUCUUGUGCAAAGCCUCAGUCACAGCAUAUCUUUAUCUCAACCAUUAGUGAUUCAAACAACGUAACAACAACAAAAAAUUGGUCAAUAUUUGAUGACAACAAAACAAAAUAAAAAGUAUCUACCUGAGUGAUUGAUUCCGUCCAUGUCCAUUGAAAUCCAAGAGUAAAAAAAAAACACCAACAAGUGGAUAAAAGGGUGUCGUGGCCGGUUUUGAGAUUUUUUUAGUGUUGUCUUCUUCGACGUCUUGUGUCUUGCACCACUCCUUUCUCAAAUGCAUGGAGAUUUCUUGUAUUACCACUGAUUGAACAAUAAGAGAGCCACAAAAAAGAAUUUAAGAAAAAAAGAUUCAGGUGGUUCAUUGUGUGUUUUGUGUUGAUAUUUCUUUUUUUGAUAUUCCAAAUUUUUGUUUGAAGAAAUCUAACUAAAGAAAAAUAAAAAGAGAAAGGAUUCGGGUAUCGUGUAUCUGACAAAAUAAAAAUUUCAAAGGAUAUCGACAUCACAAUACAGCAACCGAAAAAAUCCCCCUUAUUUUGCGGUCCUCUCGAAAGAUCGAAAGAGUGUUAGAGCAUUUGUCAUGCUUCUGAAGUUUAUAGUUAGAUCUUAAUCUCAAACCCAAUUUUGUUGGAUUAGAAUAAAUAUUUUUACCCGCAUCUUAGAAGUGAUUCAUAUAGUCUUGGAUUAAAAUUUCAAUAAAAAUAAAUAAAAUUCUGUACGCGUGAUAUCUUGAAUACAGCAUCUUUCAAAGGCAUAACUUACAACAACAAUAAUUUACAAAAGUGGAAUAUACUUAGAUGAACAUAAACUUCUUCAACUGGAUGACUUAAUCGAAAAUAAACAAAAAUCUGUCACUUUUUAACUUAAAUCCCAAUUUGAGCUUCAAUUUGAAUGACACAUAAACGUCACCAACAAAAAGAGCAUUGGCACCGUCUUAACAAUUGCUGUUGCCGCCGCGUUCAUUCGACGUCGUUGUCGUUGUCGUCGUCUCCGUCGUGGUCAUCGUCAUUUUCGUUCGUCAUCGCGUCUGUCUCUGAUGUUUAAUUUUACCAAGCAAUUAAAUGCCCCAAGUCUCCACCGAGUGGCGCUGUCAGUUUACGAUUAUUGCAUUAAUAAUAUAGAUUGUCAUAAAUAAUUGUACCUUUGAAUGUCUGUUCCAUUCUUGCGCGACUCCAACAACAAUCUACUGUCGCUUUGUUACAAUUGUAACGUGGCGUAAAUUUUUGUUUUUUUUUAUAUAUAAAAAUUUAUUGUUAUUUAACAAUUCUUUUACGAUUUGAAUUGAAUGCAUUCGGAUGUUCAGUAUGAAUUUUUGAAUCUGAGUGCACUUUAUCGGUUUUAGUUUUUAACUGCCUAAUGUUGUUGUUGCCGGUGGGGUUUUGAACCUACUAAAGCAGUUGGAGCAGAAUUAAGUGUGGAUAUUACAGCAGACUGCGCAGAUACAAAGCAAAUAUAAGAACAUGACGUGGAAGAUUGGAGUGAUUGGUGUUGUGCUACUUAUGAUCACACGAAGAUCUCAGGGAAUUUUAGGCAAGUCACAGAUGUGUGAAGUCGAAACUGGACAAACAAAUAUUAUUUUGGAUAUCGAAGAGAGCAGAGGAAAUUAUGUUGGCCAACAAACAAAUCCACCAGAGCUACCAAUCUUUGGUGAUCCAUUCACGGAAAUUGCACUCGAUCUAGUCUUCCCAAAGGGUAAUCCAACAUUUUUGCUUAAUGGCAAGAAGCUGCAGCUGCUGCAACCGCUCGACCGAGAUGAAGAAAAUCUUAGUCAUAUUGUCUUCCAGGUGUCAUGUACGAUACGAUCGUCGAACAAGAAACGUAACAUUCCGAUCAUUGUGCGUGUGUCAGAUGUCAACGACAAUGCACCAAGAUUUAUGAACACACCCUACGAAGUUACAGUAGCCGAGUCUACACCCGUUGGCACAACGAUAUUUCGUAACAUUCAAGCUCUUGACAAGGAUGCUGGAGUUAAUGGACUUGUUGAGUAUUUUCUUGUGGAAGGAAGAACGAACACUACGGAGGAUGAGAAAAUGACUAUUGCCGAUGGCUAUGACACUUUUGCUAUUUCAUUUCCACAUCAAGGACAGGUGACUGUCGCUAAAACAUUGGAUUAUGAAAAAGUUCAACGAUACUACCUGACGAUUGUCGCAUCGGAUCGAGCUCGUAACGUAACUGAGAGACUCUCCUCGACGACGACGCUCACAGUGAACAUAGCCGACUCAGAUGACCUAGAUCCCUCGUUCAUCUAUCGCGGAUGUGUCCUAUUGGACGGAGCGUGCAUUAACCCAGAGUAUUCGGCAUCUGUUCCAGCGGGAUCACUUCAGGGUGUUCUCAGUGUGUCCCCGGAGAGAAUCCAAGCGGUUGAUCUGGACACGAUAAGCUCCCCCAUUCGGUACUCCUUCGCGAGUGGAAUGCCAGGCAAUUAUGGUGACUAUUUCGAAAUCGAUGUGCAGACAGGUGUCCUGAAGCAGAUAAAAGCUGUCGAUACGUCGACGGCCAAGAAAUAUGACAUCAUCGUUAAGGCCGAAGAGGUAUCGGAAGCGAAGCGCUUCACCACCGCCAAGCUGACAAUUAUGGUAAAGCCUGUCGAUGCGAAUCCCCCAAUUAUCGCUGCAUCCGACAUCGAGGGCUAUGUAGAGGAGAAUUCCAUGAUCGGCACUCGGGUGUUGGAUGCAAGUGGCAAACCGAUAUCCUUCCAGACGAGCGAUGCCGAUCUGGGUGAGGAUGACCCAAAGCCAGCGUAUAUCUAUGAACUGACAACGCCAUCAUUCGAUGUGACCAAAGAUGGUAUAUUGAUCGUUAACGAAGAGGCGCUCGAUCGCGAUCCUCCGAAUCCGGGUAAAUUCAAAUUUCAGGUUGUUGCCCGCGAGCCGAAAACGAAUGCCGCCAGUGCGCCAUUGAGUUUGACUGUACACCUGAAGGAUGUCAACGAUAACGCGCCCAAGCUGGCAAUGGUCGCUCCGAUAUCGAUUACCGCUGGCGAUGGCAAACGCCUGGUGACACAGGUCACGGCGACAGACAAUGACGAGGGUGAGAAUGCAGUGAUCACGUAUUCGAUUUAUCAUGUCUCCAACAAUGGAAUCAAUAAAUUUACCAUUGACGAGCGGACAGGUAGGAUAGAGACUCGUGGCAGGACGAUGGCCGGGGAGCAGUACAGCAUAACAGUGCAGGCAGCUGACAUUGGCGGAUUGAGUUCACAGGCAAUUGUGGAGGUAUCUGUGAUGCCGGGACCCAACACGAAGCCACCGCGAUUUGUAAAGCCUGUGUACGAGGUGCAAGUGAGUGAAGGUGCAGAGAUAAAUUCAACAGUGACCGUCGUUAAGGCAGAGGAUCCCGAAAGCGAUCCUGUCACAUAUUCCAUCUCAUCGGGCAAUGAUUUGCGACAGUUUUCGAUUGGCCAGGAGAAUGGAGUGAUCGUGGUCAUACGAAAAUUGGAUCGUGAAAGUCUGACGCGAUAUCAAUUAAUAAUUAAAGCUGAGGAUAAUGGUGGGCUUUCGAGUACGGCGACGGUGAAUGUCAAAGUGACAGACAUCAAUGACAAAAAUCCAGAAUUCGAUGAGUCGACGCUGCCGUAUGUGUUCAAUGUUGAAGAGGGUAAGGCUGGCGCUUUUGUGGGCAUUGUACACGCCACGGAUGCCGAUGAAGGCAUUAACGCUGAGAUAACCUAUUCCAUUCCGACUGACAUCCCGUUCACGAUUGAUCCGGCGACAGGUGAGAUUCGAACGAAGAACAAGUUGGACUAUGAGAGACAAACGGAGUAUAAGUUUGUGGUGACAGCAAUGGAUGGGGCGCCUGAUGCUAGGCUGGGAACUGCUAGUGUCACGGUUCUGGUGCGUGACAUCCCCGAUGAGGUGCCGAAGUUCACCGAUUCGCGAGUUGAUGUUCGAGUGCCGGAAAAUGUUCCAGAUCUUUUGAUUGCGACGGUGCAAGCUAUCGAUCCCGACACUGUGCAGGAAAUCACGUACACCCUAAGGAAAGGUGCCACAGAGCUGUUUAAGGUUGAUCCCAAGACGGGACAGAUUAAGACAACAAAAGGAUUGGAUUAUGAAAAGGAGAGGCAGCACGAACUUAUCGUGGGCACUUUGGAGAAUGACGGAGAUGGGCCUGGUGACACGAUUAAGAUUAUCAUCGAUGUGGAUGAUCGCAAUGACAUUCCACCAGUUUUCGUUUCGGUUCCCGAGCCGAAGACAGUCAAUGACGACCAACCAAUUGGCACGAUAAUUGACACAAUGGCGGCGAUUGAUGGUGACGGUUCCUCUCCUGGCAAUGUGGUUCGCUAUGAAAUGGUCGGACGUGGCAAGGCGCUAAAAUACUUCCAAGUCGAUCCGGACACUGGAACUGUUAGGAUUCGUGACGAACUGAGGAAGGAAGAGGAUACUGAGUACCAGGUGGACAUCAGGGCCUAUGACAUGGGUGAGCCCCAGUUGAGCUCCGUCGCCACUUUGCCGGUGUUUGUGAGGCAUCUGCUUACCGAUCCCUCAGUUGAUGACCCGAUUGCAGAUGGAAAAGUGGAUAGUGGAGUGAUCAUGAGUCCAGAAAGUCUAGGACUGGCAUUCAGCGAUGACAGUUACACAACGGGAGUUCCGGAGACAACCGGCAUCAACGCAACAAUUAAACUGAUCCAGGUCAUAAAUUCAAAGAAGUCCGCCAAAACGAAUCCGAGCUUCAAGUGUGAAAUCGUUGAUGGGAAUGAACGCGGACUGUUUAGAGUGACUAUUGAGGAUCACGGGUGUGGAAUCGUUCUGCAGAAGCGAUUGGACUACGAGAAUCAAACGUCACAUGGUCUGCAAUUGAAGUUGGUGUCACACAAGUACUUUAUAAAUCCCCAGAAGAGCUUGACGUCAGUGAAGAUCAUCGUUCAGGAUGAGAACGAUAAUGCUCCGGAGUUCACGUUCAAUCGCAUUCAAGGAAAGCCCGACACAUUCUAUGGGGUGGUUGGGCCAGAUGUGGAUAUAGACACGCCAGUGCUGCAGGUUCACGCCACCGAUCGAGAUUCUGGGAAAUAUGGAAUGAUCAGGUACAAGAUCUUCGACGAAGAGGACAACACCAUCAGCGAGGCACAAUUGCCUACAAGCUACUUCAUAAUGAGUGAAACAACUGGAAUCCUGAAAACAGCCAAGUUGUUGCGCGGCGAUGUCACUUUUCCAUUGCGUUUCUUUGUGGAAGCGCGUGACAAUGAUGGACAGGAGGAUGGAUCGCACCGGACAAGAGCACGAAUCGUUGUCAAUCAAAUCACAGAUUUGAAUCGCAUGACGCUGGUAUUCUCCGAUUCGACGCCGAAUGAGAUCCGCAAUCAUUAUACACAAUUGGAGGAACUACUCGAAGAAAAGACAAACGGAAUGAUUGGCGGUAUCGAGAGGUUCAGCAAUCGAAAGUUCCUCAAUGAGAAUGGCAGCAUAAUGGAGAAUCCUUCGGCGACGGAUGUCUGGUUUUACAUUAUCGAUCCAGAGACCGAAAUGAUCCUCAGACGCAACGACAGCGUUGUGAGUGAGAGUCUACUGGAGCCGACAGCACAGGCAGAGAUAAAUUUUGCAGCUUCGGGAAUUGCCAGAGCCACUGCUCAGGGUAUAUUCGGGCCAAUUGAAGCAAGGCAUCAAGUUCAUAAGCAGAUCAAAGCUGCCAUAGCGAUCAACGAUGAGGUGUUUCCGUAUACUCUUAUUGCAGUGUCGCUGAUAAUUCUUAUCCUUGGAACAAUUGGAAUUAUUUACAUUUGUAUUUCUUGGUCAAAAUACAAAAACUUUAAACAACGCAUGCGUCAAUAUUCAGCCCCAUCAAGCCCCACCCGUUAUGAUCCUGUAAUAGUCGGUGCACAAAAUGGCGAAGCAGUCACAAAUCUCAAGGAAUAUGAGACCCAAGUCCUGGCAAUGGCAGUCCCGCCAGAUGGUGAUGAUGAUCUUCAGCUUGACUUCAGUGCCAAAAACCAUGCUUUCAGCUUGGACAGCGUGAGCUACAUAACCCACAAAGAAAAUGGCCAAUCAAGUCCAUCUCAUUCGGAAGCAACAACUGCUACUACGGCAACUUUAAGACGAAAUAACAACAACAAUAACAAUGUUAAUAACAACAUGAACAACCGGCAGAACACAUUUAACCGAACCCUGGAAAUGAACAGGAACAAUGCAAAUCCUUUGGCAUCGAAUGGCACCCUUCCUGGAACAUUAACGCUGGGAAGGAUAAAACAAAACACAAACCACUAUCAAAAUGGUGGCUAUAAAUUAGAUACGAUAAGCAGAAACAAUUUGGCUAAUAUGCCAAAUAAUGCUUAUAGCACGUUGGGGAGGCGGGGGAAUACCUUUGGAAGUGGACAGAAUACGCCAAAUGAUAAUCAAAAUCAAGGCGGUGAAUUGAUGACCAAUACCCUGGGGAGGAACAAUAACCAUAGGGGUGGUUAUGGCGAAAUACCAAUAGCGAAUCCUCUGUUUCAAAGAUCGAAUGGAGACUUAAGUCAUAUAAGUGCGACCAAUGAAAAUGUUUCGUUUGGCAAACGUGACUAUGGUCAAAUGGGAUUUUCAUAUCUUAACGAUUUAGAUAGAUCAGAAGUAGAAACCACAACGGAAUUGUAAACAAAAUUUGUAUAAUUAAUUUUAAAAUCAAAACUGCCACUUUCUGCCGCCGCCGUUCGCCCUCAACGAAUUAAAUAUAAGAGCAAAAAAAGGAUUCUAAUGUCCUUAUUGUCUUUGUCAAUGUGUUUUUUAAUUUAUAAAGUUGCCAUUUUUAAAGUGUAAAUUAGAGAAAAUAAAAACAAUUAUUAUUUAAUAGUGAUUUAAAAACUCAUAGAAUUUUAAACCAUAUAAAAAUGUGUAAAAUUUU